GUCAAUAAAUACUACACUCCUGACCUUACUACUUCCCUUUUCUCCUCCUAAUUACCCACCCCCCUUUAGAAGCGAUUUUCCGGCCAUGUUGUCCACUUUUCCGGCCACUACUCUGUCCGCUGAUGGACUUUUUCCCUAUUUAUUUCCGGCUUUUGAUGGCGGGUUCACUCCUUGGGAAUGUAUCGAACCGGCUUUUCUAUUCCCACAAGAAGUGGAAGAAGAAGAACCGGUUGUUUCACCCAAGGAAUCCCCACCCCCUGAACCGGUUAUUUUAAACUCCGAUUCAGGUUCUGAUGACUCCAAACCGAAUUCUGUUCACUCUAGUUCCGGUUCAGAUGACCCGAACCGGAAUAAUAACAAUAAUAAUAACACGAACCGCUGUCCUGACGAGAGGAAGCGGCAGCGCACGACGUCGAACCGUGACAUAGAUGAGAGGAAGCGUCGACGUAUGGUAUCGAACCGGGAAUCAGCGAGGCGGUCCCGCAUGCGAAAGCAAAAGCAUCUGGAGAACCUGCGGAACCAAGCGAACCGGCUUAAAGUAGGGAACCGGGAAAUAAUGAACCGGUUACGGUUAAUUACUCACCAGUGCCAAGUGGUCCAGUGUGAGAACGAGCGGGUCAGGACCGAAUCGGCUAUCCUUCGGCAAAGACUUGAGGGUAUACGUCAAAUAUUGAUCACCCGGCAACUUGAGCAGCAAUUUAAUUAUUAUUCUGCAUGGGCAUGCAAUAAUAUGGAACAAAGACCUCAUUAAUUAAUCACUUGGACCUAUAAUAAAUCAUCAUUAAACGUGUUUCUUCCUCUAAUUAGCACCACUAUAUAACUAUCAGAUGAAAUGAAGUCACAAGAGGAUUUUCUCUCUCUCACUCUCUAUUUCUUGUAAAUUAAAUUAAAAGGUGCGUAUAAUAGUGGUAAAGAGAUAUAGUAAUAUGUAAUGUAGCUACUAGCUAGGAGCUUUGAGGUUGGGACCAAAUGGUGGUUUUAUUUUAAGCAAAACCAGGCUAUCAUUAUGGUGUAAAUGACACAAUCGUGCAAUGUUUGGCUUAUUAG